CCCAUGAUUCAGUACAGAAGAAAGGGGAAGAAGGAGGGAGAUAAGUGCUAAAUUAAAUGCUGAAAUGUAGAGGUUUGGUUAAUGAUAUUAAUUCGAUCGUAGUAUCAUUUGUCAGUUACAGUUUCAAGUGAAAUUGUGAGUUUCAAUAUAAUUAUCUACAAUAGACACAGUAGUUUUCGUCACAUUUAAACGUUAACGUUAACAGCUACUCUUCAAAGUAUGGAGGCUAGCACAGAGCGUAAUCCACCGCCAUUCCCUGAGCCUAUGGACCGUGAAAUAAAUUCGGAUAAAUUAGAAGAGGAAAGUGACGAUGAGGGUGAAGACAUUUUCACUGGCAGUAUUAAAUCCACCUCCAGCACCCCAGUAAACCACAUGCCGACAGACAUCUUCACUGAAGAGGGAUCCGGCCCAACUCCACAGUCCCACAUAGUGCCCCAGCAUGACACGAAUGGCCUGCGUUCUGACGAGGAGCAAGAUCUGUUUGCAGAGGCAACUGUGGAGUUAUCCAUUGACAAGGUUAACAACAGAGAAAGAAAGGAAAUCUCAAGGCCAAACCCUUCUAUACAGGACAUUCCUUACAAGCCUAGUGUGGCAAACAAAUCAUUGGAAGAGUGGGAAGAGGAAGAGAGUAGAGACAAGUUUGAGUUAAACAUUGCAGUGACUAAUCCCGAGAAAGUUGGAGAUGGCAUGAAUGCGUAUAUGGCUUAUAAAGUGUCUACUCAGACCACUCUACCCAUGUUCAAGAGCACCACAUUUUCUGUGAUGAGAAGGUUUAGUGAUUUCCUGGGUCUCUAUGAGAAGCUCUUGGAGAAGCACUCGCACCAUGGGUAUAUUGUGCCUCCACCCCCGGAGAAGAGCGUUAUGGGUAUGACUAAAGUCAAAGUGGGGAAAGAAGAUCACUCCUCAGGCGAGUUUGUUGAGCGGCGGAGAGCAGCACUGGAAAGGUACCUGAAGAGAGUUGUGUCUCACCAGAGCUUGCUGCAAGACCCAGAUGUCAGGGAGUUUUUAGAGAAAGAUGAGUUACCUAGGGCAGUGAGCACACAAGCACUGAGUGGAGCUGGCUUCCUAAAGAUGAUCAACAAAGCGUCAGAUGCAGUCAACAAAAUGACAAUCAAGAUGAAUGAGUCUGACAAUUGGUUUGAGGAGAAGUUUCAGGAAGUGGAGAAUGAGGAGCAGCAACUAAGAAAGCUCCAUGCAGUGGUGGAUGCUCUUGUCAACCACAGAAAAGAAUUGUGUGUGAACACGGCUGUGUUUGCAAAGAGUAUGGCAAUGCUGGGAACCUCUGAAGACAACACGGCCUUAUCCAGAGCUCUGUCCCAGCUAGCAGAGGUGGAAGACAAGAUGGAGCAGCUGCACCAGGAGCAGGCCUGCAGUGACUUCUUCCUCCUGGCAGAGCUGCUGGCCGACUACAUACGGCUGCUAGGAGCCGUGCGGAAUUCGUUUGACCAUCGAAUGAAAACUUGGCAGAAGUGGCAGGAUGCGCAGAACACCUUGCAAAAGAAGCGAGAGGUUGAGGCAAAACUUCUGUGGGCUAACAAGCCUGACAAAUUACAACAAGCAAAAGAGGAGAUUACAGAGUGGGAGGCAAAAGUCACCCAAUAUGAAAGAGACUUUGAGAGGAUCUGCACAACAGUUCGCCAAGAGGUACUCAGGUUUGAGAAAGAAAAGGCAAGGGAUUUCAAAAUCCACAUCGUAAAGUAUCUAGAGUCUCUCCUGCUCUCUCAACAAAGGCUCAUCAAGUACUGGGAGGCAUUCCUACCUGAGGCAAAGGCAAUUGUAUGAGUGAAUUCACGGCUAAGAAGAUACUGUCAGCACACUUGACCAAACAACUUGAAAAUGACCAGGAACACUUCUUUUGUAUCCUGUAAUUUUAUGCAAGUACUUCCAUAGCUCUGCGGUGUUGCUUAUGUCUGUACUCUCAUUCUCCCAAUAUUACUCAGUUUCUGGGCCUUAGAGGAAAGUAGUACAUGAAAAACAAGUAUCAGUUGCCCAUUGUGUGUAAAGCCAAGAGUUGGAAAGAGCCAAGACACAGAAAUGGUGUUUACCCUGGAGUGGUCAAGCAGAAGACAUUGUAUCGCAGUCUGUCACCCCCAACAACCUGUCCAACUGGAUUGCAGCUUGUGUAUGGUGGUGAAGGUCUCUGUUAGCAGUGUCAGUGUAUUUAUCAUAUUACUUUGCUUUGUUACUUUAAAUAUUAACACUUUUUUACAAUUACUUUGUUAUUAGCUGAAAUGCAUAUGUAAUGCUUUACAUUCAUUAGAUUAGUAGUAAGUGGUUACUGGCAUUUCCACAUUAUUUUGUGGUAUAUGGCUUGCUUCUUUAUCAGACAGUGUUGAGAGGCAGGGGAGAACAUUGAGCUGGGUACUUGGGGAGCAAAUCAUAUACAGUAUGGGUUAAAUAUUUUGAUUCCACCUUUGAUUCAGCAGAAGAUACUUGACAGUUUGAGAAUUAUUUCCAUACAUUAAACUAAGUGGUAGUGUUGACAUUGUUGGUGUUGUCAAGCUCUGCUGUAUUAUAGACUGCAAAUCAGUGAUCUUACCAGCUACUGCUGGCUGAUUUUUUGCACUGUGUGUUAACCAGUUUUGCAGCUCAGUUGCAUUCCUUGUGCACUUUGUUAAAGAAGGAGUACUAUUAAUAAUAAACAUUUUACUCCUUGUUGUGUUUACAAGUCAUAGACCGAUCUAUACAUUAAAGAGUGUUGUUGCUAGGGUCAGGUCAAAAUUUAAAGGUGUGAUGCUUGAUCCUGGCGAAAGGUCGUUGCGCUGAAAGGCAAAUCAAAUACAAUCCACCGUUCCAUGCCCCUGAAGCAAUCUGAUUGCGCAGGAGUACCACUUGCCGAUUGGCUGGGAUCGUGUAUGGUCUGGUCCAACCCACUUUUUGGUUCAUGAACGGUCCUGGCUCUUUAAAUGGGAGUUUCUUUUUUUUGAGCACACACUGGAUGGACCAGUAGAAGAACGUGAGAAGAAUUUAGCUUAAUUUGGUGAAAAGUGUAAUGACCUACCCUGAUGACUGAGGGAUAAGGGAUGUAAUGUUGUAAUGCAUUUCACAUGUGGUAAAAUGUUAGUAAAAUCAUUGUAUUUA